AUGAAAGUUUUUUCUUUGCUUUUUGUCAGCGCCGCUCAGGCCGAAGUAGUGGAAGAUGAUAUGUGUGUCAGAGAUGGACGUGUCGCCCCAUGCGAUCAAAUUGACAAUUUGCCGGUGGAAGCAACUCUCAAUGGGCUCGGCCGAAUGGAUCAAGAGCGUAGAUAUGUGGAUUUGAAAAUGAUGGCCGAAAAGUGGUGGGCUAGAAACAACGGCGGUGCUUUCGAUGAGCGAAAAUACUGGGCAUAUGGAUGCCACUGCUACCUCUUAGGGGACAGACCAAUGACUGAAAUGGGCAUUGGCAGUCCCGUCGACGCGUUGGAUAACAGAUGCAAGGCCUACAAGGACUGCCAAAAAUGUGCACGGGCCAAACACGGCAACGAAUGCAUUGGCGAAUUUGUCAAGUACACAUGGCGAUACAGCAAGAAGAAUCAAAAUCUCGCCGCCCAAGAGGAUCCAGGAACGUGUGCUCGCGAGUUGUUUGAAUGCGAUCGACAGCUGAUCUAUGAUAUCUGGGAAAAGAGGGAAAUCUUUGACACCCAGUACCACGCCUUCUGGUCAAAUGACGACCCCGCUCUGGCUUUCGAUAACCGAGACCCCGACAAUUGUCCUCGCAAAGGAGGCGUCCGAGUUGAGCAUCAAUGUUGCGGCGGCUACGAUCGACCCUAUCUCUGGCUCAACCUGAACAAGAACCGAUGCUGUGCUACGCGAAAUCAGCAGACCGGCGAUUCUGUCCCUUACGAUGCCGAUUGCGAGCACGGCGAAUGGCUUGGUUUCUAA